AUGGCCCGUACGAAACAGACCGCCCGCAAGUCCACCGGAGGGAAAGCUCCCCGCAAACAGUUGGCAACGAAGGCUGCCCGUAAAAGUGCCCCAGCUACGGGUGGCGUUAAGAAGCCCCAUCGCUACAGACCAGGAACUGUCGCGCUGCGAGAAAUUCGUCGCUAUCAGAAGUCGACAGAGCUACUAAUCCGCAAGCUGCCCUUCCAGCGUCUGGUUCGUGAGAUCGCGCAGGACUUCAAAACCGAUCUGCGCUUCCAGAGCUCAGCCGUCAUGGCCCUUCAAGAAGCCAGCGAGGCUUACCUGGUUGGUUUGUUCGAGGAUACCAAUCUGUGCGCUAUCCAUGCCAAGCGAGUGACCAUCAUGCCGAAAGACAUCCAACUGGCUCGCCGGAUCCGUGGGGAGCGGUUGGAAAGUGGUAAAGUUGAAAAGUCGUACAGUUGGAUCGGCCUCAUGGGCAAGCGCAAAAAGAAAAUACCGGGUGCUAGCCCCAAUUCGGCUAAUGUCACAGCUAGCACGCCAGAGCAAUUAACAAAGAAGCAGUGCAAUUUUGAUGACGUUGAGUCCGUUCUAUCGAAAAAUCGGUUCAGCAUCCUCAGUGAGGAAACGGCCAACAAUAUUAGUGACCUGAACGGGUUCGGGGAUACAGAUGCAGGCAUACAAAAACCCGCAGCACCCCGCCGAGAGAAACUUCCACCAAUUGUUGUACAGUCAAUUCGGUUGGACAAAUUAUCGGAAAUCAUCAGUUCGAUGAAAAUCGUUGCAGAGUAUAAGCUGACCAGGACAGGGAUCAAGGUGAUGACCCAGUCGCGCGAGAGUUACGACAGAAUUAGAGGCUAUCUGAACAAACAUAAUGCAGAGUAUUUCACCCACGACGUAGUAUCUGAAAAACCAUUCAAGGUGAUUGUCCGAGGUCUACCAAACAUGAAGACGGAUUACAUAAAAUCAGAGCUGGAGGAGCGGUACAAGCUGAAACCGAUUGAAGUCAUCACAGUGGUAGCUACUACUGUAGAGCAGCAUUUUCGCGACAUGGCCCGUACGAAACAGACCGCCCGCAAGUCCACCGGAGGGAAAGCUCCCCGCAAGCAGUUGGCAACGAAGGCUGCCCGUAAAAGUGCCCCAGCUACGGGUGGCGUUAAGAAGCCCCAUCGCUACCGACCAGGAACCGUCGCGCUACGAGAAAUUCGUCGCUAUCAGAAGUCGACAGAGCUACUAAUCCGCAAGCUGCCCUUCCAGCGUCUGGUUCGUGAGAUCGCGCAGGACUUCAAAACCGAUCUGCGCUUCCAGAGCUCAGCCGUCAUGGCCCUUCAAGAAGCCAGCGAGGCUUACCUGGUUGGUUUGUUCGAGGAUACCAAUCUGUGCGCUAUCCAUGCCAAGCGAGUGACCAUCAUGCCGAAAGACAUCCAACUGGCUCGCCGGAUCCGUGGGGAGCGGGCCUAA